CAAGGGGAUAGAAGAUAUGGCUGAAUACCAGCGGUGGUUUUAAUUCAAACCCCAUGGCGAUGUAGUUCUCCAUCCAACACUAUCGUCACAGCAACUUAAGUAAUGGUCUAAAAAGCAACACUACCAGACAAAACGAUACUUUUGGGGGCGUUUCGCUGCCUGUUUGGAUCGGGAUGGUCUCCAACUGUGAGGAGUGAUCAGCGUCAGAAAGCCAGUGUGUGUGUGCGUGUGUGUACACUGCGGGGUAGCAACAGUAGGAUGAGCUGCCCAAGAGCCAUCACAGCCCGCGGGGACUGACACACACUGAAACAUAAACGUCGAUGCAGUCUUCCAGAGGCUCUCCCUCCCUGUGGCUGAGAAACCAGCAGCAGCAGCAGCAUGUCCCGCGUCUCCUCCACCGCCAAGCGCUACACUGGCCCUUCCUACAGCAGCCACUACAGCUCCUACGGCUCCUCCCUGACCCCAGGCCUUAGCUCCUACAGCGACCGGUCCUCCUACAAGUCCCCCACCUCCUCUUCCUCCACCUACAAGUCCCCCAUCUCCUCUUCCUCCACCUACAAGUCCCCCAUCUCCUCUUCCUCCACCUACAAGUCCCCCAUCUCCUCUUCCUCCACCUCCUCCUCAGGUUACUCCUCCUCCUCCAGCUAUCUGAGCAGCUCGGCCGCCCGCAGCCGCAACUACAGCACCUCCUCAGAACCUGACCGGGGUCGCACCAUCCCACGUACUGACAUCCUUGGGAGCAGCAGCCUCAGCAGCAGCCUCAGCAGCCGCCGGAGCGAGAGCCUCAGCAGAACCCCCAUCAAGAGCUACGGCGGGUCGGGUCUGAGCGGGGGGUCAGCGUACACCGGCUACAACUCUUACUCUUCUUCCUCGGCCCAGUCCAGCUACCUCUCUUCACCGUCGGCCUCCAGCAUCUCACUCAAUCGACGGAAAUCCGUCUCCCAGACUGACUUGAACAGGGACCUGGCCUCUCUGGGCCUCAGUGAUGCCUCCUCCUCUUCCUCCAGCCCGUCUUCUUCCAGCAGUGCCCUGCGGAGCUACCGCAGUCGGGCCACCGAUGUGGCCAACUCGUAUAGUGCGAGCUCCCGUAUCGGCAACUCGGGCCUGUCGCGGAGCUCUACUCAGGAGGCCCUCUCGCGCAGCUCCACCCAGGAGGCCUUCAGCAGCAGCAGCAGCAGCAGCAGAGCAUACAGCUCUUCAUCAUGGGAGCCGAGCAGCAACAGGGUGUCCGACUCCCCAACCAGGGACUCCACGAAUUCAAAGAGUGCCCAAGGCCUGGUAGGAUUAAAGAACCUAGGAAACACAUGUUUCAUGAACAGUAUCCUGCAGUGUCUCAGCAACACACACAGCCUGCGGGACUACUGCCUGCACAACUUGCACCGCAGAGACCUUAACAACAACAGCCGCACCAACACCGCCCUCAUGGAAGAAUUUGCCAAGCUGUUACAGACCAUGUGGACGUCGUCCAGCAGCGAGGCCGUCAGCCCGUCAGAAUUCAAAACGCAGAUCCAGAGAUAUGCUCCCAGAUUUGUCGGAUACAACCAACAGGAUGCUCAGGAGUUCCUGCGUUUCCUCCUGGACGGUCUGCACAACGAGGUCAACAGGGUCACCGUCAGGCCGAGAGGCUCGGUGGAGGACUUUGACCACCUGCCGGACGAAGAGAAAGGGAAGAAGAUGUGGAGCAAAUAUCUGGAGAGAGAAGACAGUAAGAUAGUCGACGUGUUCGUGGGGCAGCUGAAGAGCUCUCUAACCUGCAGCCACUGCGGGUUCUGUUCCACCGUCUUCGACCCCUUCUGGGAUCUCUCUCUACCUAUCGCCAAGAAGGGCUACGGUGAGGUGAGCCUGAUGGACUGCAUGCGGCUCUUCACCAAAGAAGACGUCCUGGACGGAGACGAGAAGCCGACGUGCUACAGGUGUAAAGCCAGGAGAAGAUGUACUAAGAAGUUCACGAUACAGAAGUUCCCCAAGAUCUUAGUGCUGCACCUGAAACGCUUCUCUGAGGCCCGCAGAACCAGCAAACUGUCCACCUUUGUUAACUUCCCCAUGAAGGAUCUCGACCUGCGGGAGUUUGCCUCGCAAAACUGCCUCAAUGCAGUGUACAACCUGUACGCAGUGUCCAACCACUCAGGCACCACUAUGGGCGGCCACUACACAGCCUACUGUCGCAACCCCAACUCGGGAGAAUGGUACACGUUUAAUGACUCCAGAGUAACGCCAAUGUCCUCCAGCCAAGUGCGCAGCAGCGACGCCUACGUCUUGUUCUACGAGCUGGCCUCCUCCUCGCGGAUGUGAAGCCUCCUGGAAGACGACGGGCCACAACACCUCUCUGACCGACGGACAGACUGAUGGGGAAAAUAAAGAGAGCUGGUGGAGCUGAGCCUAUUUUGGACUUGUGUUGGGACAUAUAUCAUACACACACACACACACACAGAUCCCCACCAGCCUGGAGGCCAGAGAGAGGAACCCUCUGGAAACCACUGAUCCACCAGCCCUGCUUUCUCUCUCACCGUCUCUACUCUCGUGUUCUGGGUGGAGGUGUGUGUGUGUACCGUGUGUGUACCGUGUGUGUACCGUGUGUGUACCUUGUGUGAGUGUGUGAGUGUGUGUGUGUGUGUGUGUGUGUGUGUGUGUGUGAGAGUGAGUGUGCAAGGCUGACAAAGGGCAAUAAUCCCAUCUGACGACCUUCCAGUAAAGCUGUCCCUCUCUAUGCACUGCGAGCAUCCUGACCGCGCCUUCGCUUCUCUCUCUUCUCGUUUGCCUCGAACCAUUAACUCUCACUUGUUGCAAUUUUGACCGUUUUUUUUGCUUUGAAUUUUGUUUUGAAUGUUUUUGGGGGGGGGGGGGGCAUCAUCAGCAGCACCCCCACUUUGGACUGUGGAGAGUGACAGUAACAGGACUGCUGGUGGUUACAGCCCCCCCCGGCCCGCUCGCUGUUCACGGCCUUCCCUUCCCCCGACACCAACACACUCCCAACGUCUCCGCCCGACAUCCCCCCCCACCUCUCGCUAUUUCUCCUACGGUGGCUGGGAGGCCGAUGGCACUGUGAGCGUGACAUGUUUCAGAGGAGGACCCUCCAAACUUGUGUUUUCUUUUCUUUUCUCCCACGUGUGGCUGCUACUGAUGUUUUGAAAGUGCUGUGAGCGGAUGAAAGGACAGUGGACUACGGAUCUGCUAAGGAGUAAUAAUAUAGACGAUAACCACGCUAACAAUCCUCAUUGUCAGCAUGAGGUCUUUUCUUCCUCUCUUGUUUCAUGCCAUUGAACAACACGGAAAGAAUGUUUUAAAGAAGAAGAAGAAAAACACUAUAUCUGUAUAUUUUUAUAUCCUGAUGCAAAAUAGAGAAUGUACUAUUCAAUGGUGCUGAAAAUGACCCAUAACUGUUUCAGUUGGUUUAUUUCCCAGGUUUCAAGAGAGAAAAAAAAUGAUUAUUUAUGCUUACAGGUGAUAAUGUGAUGAGUCACACUUUUUAACAGUAAUAUAUAUAUGUAUAUAUAUUCAUAUAUACACAUAUAUAUGUAUGAAUGAAUAAAAGUAAAAAGAA